ACACGUCGGAAACGGCGCGGCGCGUCCGUACGACGUCCUUUUCUCGUUCGCCAACACCGAAACGUCACCGUGUCCGCGGCGGUCUCGCACAAAUAUGGCCGCCGAUCCGUUCCGGGGUACGGCCGCGGCCCGAGUCCGUGUGCGCGCCGCCAUGCGAUUUUCGUCCCGAACGCGAUCGAAACCGACCGAAUCGACGUCCGCGCGUCGUAAACCGUCCGAAUUUUUACACCCGAAACGCGCAUUCGACGCGAAACUCCAUUUUUGCCCGUCCAAACCUCGUUAUACAAUAUGGCGUUGGGCACGCCGAGAGCGAAACGACGCCAUUGUUGCGCGUUUCGUCCGAAAGCCGCCCGUCGGCGAAAACUUCGUGUCCGAAAGUCGGGUUACUCGCUGUUUCGUUAUUGUAACAAAAUACGAUAUUUCGCCCAACGGAUUUCGCGAGACCCGUUUCAUGAUCCGAUUCGGUGACGACGGCGGCGGCUUGUGUACGUGCGACGCCAUUUCAACGAUCUCGCCCGUUGUCGUCGCGAGUGCAGGCGCGCCGGCGGACGAAUCGUUUAAACGUUUUUCGUGACGCGUUUUGCGCGUUACUUCGAUCAUAUUUUGUCCGCGUCGUCGGAAAUCUGCUUGCUCGCUCCGCCGAUCGCUUUCCGACGAUUCAUCGUUUGCCGACGUCCGACGUACGUUUCGUCGUCUCGCAUUCGGCGACGUCCCGGUUGUUGUCCUACACAACAGUAGGCAGUUCGUCGACGGCAAGCGGCCCAUUGUCCUAGGACGGUUGACGCUUCGAAAACCGACUCUGUCGAAUUGCGAUUUACGACACCCGAACAGCAGUUACCCUCGGGUCCCGUAGAACUUGGGUUUUUUUUUGGUCGCAAAAUGGCGGCGUAGCACACCCGUAUCCACGGUGCCCUGGUAGAACUCGAAUUUCGUAUUAUGCCUUCCCGGGUCUCGUGUCGUCGUGCCGAAGGGAAAGUCGUCGCGUUUAAAACGUUUAUAAAAAAAUUGUUAUAAUUAUUUACAACCGGGAGGCCAUAUACCUAAUAAAAAACCGCGUGCCAGUAAAAAACAUAGGUAAUCUAUGGUUUUUCGUUACGACGUCUCAAACGACGAAAACGCAAUUAUUUUAGUUUGGAAAAAAACGAAUAAUUUUUUUCUACUUUUUACAAUAUCGCCGUCGGAGAUUGCGUAUCAUCUGCCUCCGUAGACACCGCCGCGCCAUUACGGCUUCGCUCGCAAACGACGACGACGACAACAAUGAUAAUCGUAAUCGCAAACGUUCCUUAUCAAUAACCGAAAAUCUCCGCGUCGCAGCGAGCCCGCCACAGUGCGGCGUUGUCGUUGCGUUCGUCUCCGCGGUUGUUUGCGGACGCCAUUUUUAUUUUUCCGCCGCGAGUCGUGUUCUCGCCGUCCACGAACGACAUUUCUUCGCGCCGCUCGCGUCGACCGUUACAGAAGCCUUCGGAUCGCAGUUUUUUCGUCACGUGUUUGUCGUCAGAAAUCUGUUCGGGCUCCGUCGACGUGUGUCACUCACUUUCCGACGCUUCGUUUACGAUUGUUUACCGACGUCUGGCACAAAUUUCAUCUUGCUUCAGCGUUUCCAUCGUGUCCUAUACGGUAACGUGUGACAGUAAGAAGCUGUGUGAAUUUGUGGAAGAAAAUUUGAUGCUUUGAAAAACUUAUUUACAACACAGAACAAUUUUACAAAUUGCAAUAUAUUGCUUGAAUCGGAUUGUCUGCUGUUGCAUUAUCCAAAUCAAUUUACCAUCAACACUUUAAUUUAUUCAAAUUUUUAGGACUCAAGUUUGUUGACAGGUAUGGCUCCACAUAACGAAUGGUAUUUGAACGAUUGUGUUCUCAACAGUUAUUUUACUUUGAUCAAAAAACACAAUCAAAAUGUAUACGCCUUUGAUACCUAUUUUUAUGAGCGGUUUAAGAUAUCUGGAUAUGAUUCAGUGCAGCGUUGGACAAAAAAGGUUAAUAUAUUUUCAAAAAAAAAAGUUUUUUUUCCAAUCAACGUUCUAAGGUUUAACUUUGCUCAUUGGAUACUAAUUGUGGCUGAUAUGGAGAAGCAAGAACUCAUUUAUUAUGACAGCCUUGCACACAAUUACGAAUUUAAAAUUCAAUGUAAAAUAUUUGACUACUUAGUGGCAGAACACCGACGAAAGUUGGGUAAGGAUUUGCCUAUAGAAGACUGGAAUUUUGUAAAAGGUUUUAACCCCAUGCAGUCUAAUGGAACGGACUGCGGGGUGUUUGUUUGCACAAUCGCAGAAUAUUUAUCAAGAGAUGCCGCGUUCAAUUUCAGUCAACCGAAUAUGCUGUCUUUUAGAAAAUUGAUUGCCCUUGAACUCACUUCCCAAGAACUCAUUAAAGUAGAUGAGGAAGGAGAUGCUUUUGAUCGGGAAAUAACUCGUAUAACUAAAAAAUUUUUAAAGAACAAUUUAAUUUUAAGUUAAAAUCUAUUAUUUGUAAAUAAUAAAAUAUUAGUGUUAAGUAUUUAGAUUUAAUUAUACCAGUGUGAAAAGUUGUAGACAUAAAAUAAAUAAGCUAUUGACUGAUUGUAUUUAUGUAUAUUUGUUAAUAAUUAACAAAUAUACACAGAAUAAUUAUUAUUCUCUUUAAAUGUUAAGUUAAUAUUAUGAGUACUGAUUAGUUUUAUAUUGUUUAAUGUUUAUUUUGUGGAAAAUAUGUUAUAAGGAGAUAAUAAUAUUUUUGAAAACAUAAGAUUGUCAAAUGUCCUUGUUUCUGUAUUUAAAAUGUCAUUCUUAAAUUAAUAUUGAUUUAAUUAUAUCUAUAAUUAUAAGUUAUAGAUGAAAGUGUAACAUGGAAAUGUAUUUGGGUUAUUUACUCGUUCAUAAAUAGGUAAUUGCCUAACUUCUACCAUCUAAAUAAUCUGAAAAUAUGUUUCAUUUAAGUACUUAAAUGUAAUGAUGUGUAUUUGAGCGGAUUGGAAAAUCAUUUAGACCCGAGAAAUAUGAUGCUAACUGGUAUUUUAUAUCAUUUUUUUGCUUGGAAAAUAUGUAUUUGGUUAUCCUUGCCUGUGUAUGCAUAUUGCCGACUAAGGCUUGGAUGUCGGCACAUUUUGUUUUCUCUCUCUCUGACCCAAGCACAACAUAACAAAUUGUAUGUUCACAUUAAUUAUCAUCUCGUAAGCUUUUUUCUACAUUUUAAUUUUAAAGUGAGUUAUGAGUAUUUCAAAAUUGUAAAUUGUGAGAAGUCAAAAUUUUAUAGUUUAAUCUUAAGGGGUAUUUAAUAAUUUGUAGUAUAUUUCAAAAAAAAAAAAAAUAGCAUUAUCCCACAUUUAACAGUUAAUGGCACACAAUUUUUUUUAUAAUUUUUAAAACGUACCUGAACAAUGCAAUGCAAAAUUCUCAUUUUAAUACUUUAAAAUAUUAUUUGAUUUAUUAAAUGUAUAGACAAGCAGGAGCUAAUAACAGUACAUUUCAUAAAUAAAUAAUUGUGAAAAAAAUAUUUUAUACUUCAUAAUAUAGUUUUUUUCGGAAUUUAAUAAGUUGUUAAAAUAUAUAAAAUGUUCUAUUUAUGUAUAUUUAUUUUUACUGAUUUUUGUUUUUGUAUUACUAUUUGUGGUUUUUCAUGUAUUUAUUUAAUUGAAUAAGUAUAUAAAUAAAUUAAUAAUUAAAUUAAUAAAUAAAUUCCAAUAAUUUUCAAAA